CAAGGAAUUCAAUGAGACCCACAGAUGCUAGUCAGAAGAAAGCCAUUACGAUCAUAUUCCUGCAUCCGUGCUCAAAUUCCUGCUUCAACCGCAGCGUUCCCAGUUUGGCUCUACGGGAUUCAAAUGGCAGGGAGCCCACCCACUGGUAACCAAGAGAAAGCAACCAGUGAGAUGAACACUGCAGAGGACUGGGGCCUCAUCUUAGACAUCUGUGAUAAAGUUGGACAGUCACGCACAGGGCCUAAGGACUGUCUCCGUUCUAUUAUGAAGAGAGUGAACCAUAAAGAUCCCCAUGUUGCUAUGCAAGCACUAACACUUCUAGGAGCAUGUGUAUCAAACUGUGGUAAAAUCUUUCAUUUAGAAGUCUGUUCAAGAGAUUUUGCCAGUGAAGUAAGCAAUGUGUUGAAUAAGGGUCAUCCGAAAGUUUGUGAAAAGCUGAAAGCCCUUAUGGUAGAAUGGACUGAUGAAUUCAAGAAUGACCCACAGCUUAGUUUAAUAUCUGCUAUGAUAAAAAAUCUUAAGGAGCAAGGAGUUACUUUCCCAGCUAUUGGUUCACAGGCUGCUGAACAGGCAAAAGCAAGUCCAGCUCUAGUUGCCAAAGAUCCUGGUACAGUAGCCAACAAAAAGGAAGAGGAGGAUUUAGCUAAAGCUAUUGAACUGUCACUAAAAGAGCAAAGGCAACAGCAAACAACACUUUCCAGUUUGUAUCCGAGCACCUCAGGCCUUUUAACAAAUCACAAACAUGAGGGCCGAAAGGUUCGUGCAAUCUAUGAUUUUGAGGCUGCUGAAGACAACGAAUUAACUUUUAAAGCUGGAGAACUUAUAACCAUCCUUGAUGACAGUGACCCAAAUUGGUGGAAAGGUGAAACUCAUCAGGGCAUAGGAUUGUUUCCAUCUAAUUUUGUAACAGCUGAUCUUUCUGCUGAGCCAGAAAUGAUGAAAGCUGAGAAAAAAACAGUGCAGUUCAGUGAUGAAGUUCAAGUGGAGACAAUAGAACCUGAGCCUGAACCAGUUUAUAUUGAUGAAGAUAAAAUGGAUCAACUCUUGCAGAUGUUACAAAGUGCAGAUCCAUCUGAUGACCAGCCAGACCUCCCAGAAUUGCUUCAUCUUGAGGCAAUGUGCCACCAGAUGGGACCCCUCAUAGAUGAAAAGUUGGAAGAUAUAGACAGGAAACAUUCAGAACUUUCAGAGCUCAAUGUGAAAGCAAUGGAGGCUCUUUCUUUGUAUAACAAACUGAUGAAUGAAGACCCGAUGUAUUCCAUGUAUGCAAAACUACAAAACCAACAGUAUUAUAUGCAGUCAUCUGGUGUUUCUGGCUCUCAGGUGUAUCCGGGGCAGGCUCAAAGUAAUGCAUAUUUGGUGGCAGGGAGUGCACAGAUGGGCCAUAUUCAAGGCUACAAUCUUCCUCCUGAACAGCUCUCCUCUCUCAGCCAAGGCACAGUUACUCCAUCUGCCAGCUCCGUGCUGCCUGGCCAGCCCGCACAGACCUCUUACACAAACGCAAUGGUUGGCUCUGUUGCUGGAAACACUUACUCCAACCAGGCUUCGGUGUACAGCCCACCACCUGCUACUGUUGAUGUUGCUGCUUACCAGAAUGCUGGAACUAACAUGUCCCAGGUGCCAAACUAUAACUUAGCAUCCACGCCUCUGCCACAGACAGCAGGCAGUCAACCAGCACCUCCACAGCAACCACAGCCUCCUCCACCUCCACAGCCACAGCAGAGUUACUCGCAGAAGGCUCUGCUAUAGGAUCCAGGACCUCUGAUUCCUAACCUUCUUUAACCUCUGCUAAAGGCAGUCAGCAAUUCUAUGAGUUUCUUCCUUUAAUCUAUUAAACUCUGUUUAUCCUCAGCUUAAUAAGAAUCUAUCUCGGUGAACAAGUUCAAUUUGCACUGACUUUUUAGGAUUUUUUUUUUUUUUUUUUAAUUUUGCAGAGGAACGGAUAUAUUUAGGACAUUUAAUUCCUUUUAAAAUGCCUAAAAAUUGGUACAAGAUUAUUUAUGUCUGGUAAAAUUGGCUAGUCUGUGAAAACUCAACUCUUGCAAACUGUCGUGGCAUAUAUGUUAUGUACAUAUAGUGUGUGAUUGCAAUAGUGGCCAUUUCGUAUAGCUAUGGUGAUCAUGUGAAUAUAUUUAACACAAUGUUUAAAAAGAAUUUACUUUACUAUUUUAUUUUAAUCAUGAACUGACGACCAUGUUUCAUAGUUUUGUCUAGUUUUAUGACAGAUGUGAUGUCUUUAUCCAAUGCAGGUAAGGCAGUAAUUCUGCAUAUCAUGGUGACACUUACAAACUAAGGUCUAUAUAUGAAUUUACAAACUUAUCUGAGUCUAGGCUUCCUUGCUUCUUGAAUCGAACACAAGUGUAUCAUGACUAUUAGAUGGCUUAUCUACCAAAGUAAACUAGUUAACUAGUAAGUGAUUUUGGGGGGAUAACAGCAAAUUAUGAUUCUGCUUCAGAUAGAAUUAAUAACUUAAAACUACUAUUCAGAGGCUGCUAAACAUAUCGUGGGACCAUGCAACAGAACAGAGUCUUGCAUUUUAUCAUAAAAGCAUGUAAUUUAUUUUUUCCAAGUUGUUUUUUACAAUGAGAACCAGAACUGUAUUCUAUGUGUGUUGGUAGAGAUUACACCAAAGACAGAGGAAUUGAGUUGAAAGAGAAAUGGUGGAGUUUUAAACUGGAACACACAACACGAAUAACACUACUUUAUCUAAGUCUUCUUAAUUAGAACACGGAGAAUUGUGGACAUUUCAAUCACUUUGCUGAACAAACCUUCAGGGCUUUAUUUUAUCUCUUGUGGCCUUGCUUAGCAAUUUGUUCUGUUUACUGUUCUUACACAAACACUUCUGCCUUAAACAUCUGUCCUGAUUUCCAUGUGUACCACUUGAGUUUAUUAGCCCUUCCAUUGCAGGAAAAGCUGAUGAGGCAUCUUACUGUCGCUCCCUCUCAGGUUACCUUGAGUUCUCUCCUGCAGCAACAUCCACGAGCCCUUUUUAAACCCUAGCAUUUCUCAGUGACCCAGCCAGGUGGCUCUUUAAGGCACGGUAUCUUCUUCCUACAGCUGAGAUGCUGCAAAAGGCACAUGGUGAUGGGAGGCAGCAUUUUAGAUAUUCCUGAUCAGAGUUCCUUGUCCAGAGACCGUUGCUGCUUUGCGUUUGUGUUCAAUCUCUUAAUGCAUCCCGAUUUCCUCUUACCCUUUCCAGCAACUCUCAUUCCAAUCAGAGCAAUACUAGGUGGCUUCAACAUCAGAUCUGUGUUUUCAGCCUUGUUGGUGUGUGUGUCAGAAAUCGUUUGCUUUUCUGUACUAUAUUUUAGCGUGAUGCUUCUGGAAUUAAAUGUGGCAAAUGGACAUUAUGUUAUAAGCUCACCUCAGUUGUCCCGUACUCUCCCGCGUCUGUUCACGGUUACCGGACAUGCCUUUGGUUCACUGUUUUAAUAGACACUGCUAAUUUGCCUUUUAAUGCUUUCAGGUUACUGCUUUGCAUAACUUCUGACUGGGGUGGUUACAAAACGUGCCCGUAGCUGAUGUGUGCCAGCUGGGGAUGUUCUAGCCAGUUGGCUGUUUUGAUACCAGUAUUUUCAUGUCCUUUUUUUUUUUUUUCUUUCUCCAGAAUUCUUAAGCACCCUCAAAAACUGACAUUACUUCAGUACCUGGUGUCAUCAUAAAAGUCUGUGGAAUCUGAAAGAAAAUACUAAAAAAAAAAAGGAAUCCAAGAUACUGUCAUAGAUCAUUUUUAGUGGAUUGAAGAGGUGAUUUUCUUUAGAAAGGGCAUGCAGUAUCAUUUAGAUAGUGUUGUCUGUGUGCUUUAGGUACUUCAUUCCAAAAUCAGAGAAACAAGAAGUAUAGAAGUAUGUAAUUUCU